UUUCCUUCUAGUCUCACAAAGCCCAACGAGCCAUCUCAACCCUACUCUCCAUUUGGCCUCCACCCUCCUUUCCCUUGGUUCAAAAGUCACUCUUCUUAUCACCAACCAUGCCCUCAAAAACAUCUCAAAAGACCAACUCCCCUCUGGCUUGUCUCUCUCUACUUUCUCUUACAGUUUUGACAAUGGUUUUACCUACUCUGACUUCCAGCUUUGGUGUGUCGAGUUUGAGCGCCUUGGUCGCCUCGCCCUCGUCGACCUCCUAUCAUCCUCCUCACAACAAGGCCUUCUUCCCAUCACUUGCAUUGUAAAUACGCUACUCAUCCCUUGGGUCGCUCAGGUAGCACGUGAGUUUCAUGUGUCGACUGCAGUUUUAUGGAUUCAAUCGGUUGCUGUCUUCGAUGUGUAUUACUAUUACUUCAAUGGCUAUAAUGAUGUUAUUCGAAAUGGUUAUAAAGAGGAUGACUCUAACUUGUUGUCAUCUAACAUUUGGCUUCCAGGCUUGCCUUUGAUGAAUGUUUUGGACCUUCCGAGCUUUUAUGGUUUCUGAUGAUCAUCAUGUACUUAUUCUCAAGUCGUUUGAGGAGAAGAUGCAAAUUUUUAAAGAGGAGGAUAAUGUCCCAAUUCUUGUUAACUCUUUUGAUGCAUUGGAACAUGAUGCUUUAAGUGCGAUCGGGACGUUUAACUUGAUCCCAAUUGGACCCUUGGUUUCGCUUCCACUUGGAUGUGAAGUUUCAACCAAACAACAAAGCAUAUCAUGUUUUCAAGAUGGCCAACAGGCUCGAGAGGAUUGUAUCAAGUGGCUCAACUCCAAACCUGAUUCGUCAGUGGUCUACAUAGCAUUUGGGAGCAUUUCAAAGUUGUCAAAAGAACAAACAAAAGAGAUAGUUGGUGCAUUCUUAGAAUGCAGUUACCCAUUCUUGUGGUCCCUUCGCAUGGAUGACAUCCGAGAUGAGAAUUUAAGCUCAUAUUUUAAUGUUGAACUACAAGCUCAAGGGAAGAUAGUGCCAUGGUGCUCACAGGUAGAGAUCUUGAGCCACCGAUCAGUGGGUUGCUUUGUAACACACUGUGGAUGGAAUUUCACGAUCGAGUGUGUAGCGGUUGGAGUGCCGACAGUGGCAUGGCUGUUGUGGGCAGACCAAGCCACCAAUGCCAAGAUGAUGGAGGAUGUAUGGAAGAUUGGUGUGAGAGUGAAGAAGAGUAGUGAUGGUGAAGGAAUGGUAGAAAGAAAGGAGAUUACAAGAUGCUUGAGAAUGAUUAUGGAUAUGGAAGACGAUAGCAAAGGAAAAGGAAAGCAACUGAGAAUCAAUGCUACGAAAUGGCAACGCUUAGCAAUGGAGGCUGCGAAUGGUUCUUCUUUUGUGAAUCUUAAGGCUUUUGUAAAUAAAGUUUGUGAUGAAGCAAACUAAUUAAAGAAUGGUCAGCUUCUUUAUUGUACUAUGCAACAAUCAUUAGGACUAAAGCUAUAUUUAUAAAUAACAUCAGCAAGCCAAUAGUAAUGCCUGUAUCUCAGGUUGUAUUACUAUUGAGAAGAUAAAUGUCUUCCUA